CGCCAGGGAAAGGAGCUGCGCCAGCCUGGCUCCUGCCUGCUUCCUGCCAGCGCAGGGGGGGGAAAUAUAAAAGGCUGCAUCGUGGGCAAAGUUUGGAUGCUGCUGCUGGACAGGGUGCACCGGGGAGCAGAGGUAGCGCUCGUGGCUGAAAAUCGAAGAUGGCAGAGCCUGAAAGCACAGUCAUAAACACUGAUGUGAAACAGAAAGACCCUAGUGAGGCACUGGUCAUUGCAGUAACCACCAGAGCCAUCUUCAACCUGGAGGAGGAGCACAAGUUGUAUCUGGAGAAGGGCAAGGAGGAGUAUGCAAGGCACCAGCAGGCCAACCAGGACAAGCCCCUGCCACCAGGCACGGCCUUCGCCUUCAUCCAGGCAGCGCAGUAUGUGAAUGAGAAAAUCCUGGAGAGCAAUCCAUCAGAGAAGGACCUCUUUGACAUCUUGGUGCUCUCCAACAACAGCCCAGAGAGUGGGGUGCGCAUCAUCAACAGUGCCAAGCACUAUGGCCUGGAGAUCUCCAAGUUCUGCUUCGUCAGCGAUGAGGACUCCACACAGUACCUGAAAUCCCACAGGGUCAAGCUCUUCCUCUCAGCUGACAGGAUCGAUGUCUGCAAUGCCCUCCGAAGAGGGAUCUCGUCAGCACUCGUCUUCCAGCAGGAGGUGCAGGCUCCCAGUACCCCACUCCGUGUGGUGUUUGACGGAGAUGCCGUGCUCUUCUCCAAUGAGACAGACCAGGUCUUCCAGGAGCAGGGGCUGGAGGGGGCAGUGCAAUAUGAGCGGGCAAUGGAGGCUGUGCCCAUGGGAGAGGGUCCUCUGAAGGCUUUUGCCAUGCACCUUGGGAAGAUCCGCAAGAGGUUCAGCCAGGAAAAUUCCCCCAUCCGCACCUACCUGGUGACUGCCCGCAGUGGCCGUGACAUGGGCAUCCGAGCCAUCAAGACACUCCGGGAUUGGGGUCUGGCCAUCGAUGAGGCUUUCUUCAUGGACGGGGCUCCCAAGGGCCCCAUCCUUGCCCAGAUCCAGCCCCACAUUUUCUUUGACGAUGGCCUUCAUAACAUCCAGGGGGCUCAAGUUAUGGGCGUACCUUCUGCUUGGGUCCCUUCCUGCUGAUGAUGGGAUGCAGGCCAGCAGUGCUCUCUCCCAGCAGCACAGGUGGACAGCGAAGGAUUUCCUUAUAUGCAGCAAGCAAACCUCAGGUAAAGCAGGUGAGAGCAUUUCAUGAGAGCAUGGACUACCAGGCAAGACUCUGCUUAUUUCUGCUCCUCAUAUGAGGUCCUUUAGGUCUUAGGAUAAAACCAAAAGAUGCAACUGCUCCAGGAAGGAAGGACAACCUUCCUGUGACACUGAAGACUUGCCCUGUAGGAGCUGGAAAAUUUUCUCUUCUGCAAAGAAAUAAAUGAAGCUAUGGCCCUACAGGAAAGCUAGAGGAAGUAUGAAACCAAGCACUAAAUAUGCUAACUUUGGCUGUGCUCAGUCACUCUCCAAGAUUUACUUCCAGGACCUCUGCCCAAAGGAAGCCCUCAAGACCCUGCCUCACCAGAUGCAUUCAGCAUGGUUUCCGGAGGAGACCGAUGUGUUAGCAAAUCUUUCAGGCAGCUCCAGACAAAUUCAGCAGAGGUAGAAAGACCUUAAAGCUGUACAGGACCUACAAGCUUUUUAGAAAUGGGUGAACGUGUUGAAGAAAGGAAGUCCAAGCUGUGCCUCUUUAUAGAAGAGUGUAUAGCACAAGUCAUGUUUCCACCUUUCCUUAGUCACACAGGCUGCUCACAGAGUGUCGUUAGGAGACCUAGACCUGUAGGACACUGAAGCUGCAGUAGAUGGGCCAGGUACAAUACUGCAACCCAGGUUUGAGGUCUGUCCAGGAAACAGGACUGCCAUGUAGCUCUGAUGUCCCUCCAGGAGAGGGCACUGGAGAUGAGCUCCGUGCAGCACAAGCUGUGCAGGGGCCAGGACUGCAGGAAAACACACCAUGGAGCAGGGCCAGGCCUGAACUUAAAUGGGUGUCCAGGGCAGCGAGCAGAGGGCAUUCAUGGGGCGUCCCAGGUGCAGCUGCUCAGUGUAGAGAAGGUUUAUGGGACUCUGCGCAGCAUCAAGCCUCUGAGAAGCAUCAAGUCUGUGAGAACCUCAUGAGGUUCCACAAGGCCAAGUGCAAGGUCCUGCCGGGUUGGGGCAAUCCCCCAUUUCAGUACAGGAUGGGGGAUGAUAUGAUUGAGAGCAGCCUUGCAGAGAAGGAGUUUGGGGUGCUGAUUGAUGAGAAGCUUCACAUGAGCCGGCAGUGUGCACUCGCAGCCCAGAAGGCCAACCGUAUCCUGGGCUAUUCAAAAGAAGCGUGACCAGCAGGUUGAAUGAGGUGAUUCUGCCCCUCUAUUCCUCUCAUGAGACCUCAUCUGGAGUAUCAUGUCCAGUUCUGGAAUUCCCAACAUAAGAAGGAUAUGGAGCUGUUGGAACGGGUCCAGAGGAGGGCUACAAAGAUGACCAGAGGGCUGGAGCACCUCCCGUAUGAGGAAGGCUGCGAGAGUUGGGCUUGUUCAGCUUGGAGAAGAAAAGGCUCUGAGGAGACCUUAUAGCAACCUUCCAGUACCUGAACGGGGCUACAAGAAAGCUGGGGAGGGAUUUUUACAAAGGCUUGUAGUGAUAGGACAUGGAGCAAUGGGUAUUAACUGGAGAGGGGCAGAUUUAGACUAGUCUAGGAGGAAUUUCUUCACCAUGAGGGUGGUGAGGCACUGGCACAGGUUGCCCAGGGAAGCUGUGGAUGCCCCAUCCCUGGAAGUGUUCAAGGCCAGGCUGAAUGGGGCCUUGGGCAGCCUGUGGGAUGUGUCAUUGCCCGUGGCAGGGGGGUUGGAACUAAAUGAUCCUUAAGGUCCCUUCCAACCCAAACUACUCUAUGAUUCUAAGCCAUCCUCAAUGCAGGGAUGUCUCUUCCCCAGCAAUUAGGACUCUGCUCCUGAUUUUCCUGGAGAGCAAGCAGCCCCUCCAAGAUUCAUCUGCAGGUUUCUUUCCCUAGAGCAGAAUGUGUGUGGUUGCCGCUAGAGGCUACUGUGCUGCCUGGGGAGAUGGCACCCCGAACGCCUGUGAGCUCUACAGAACUACCUUGUAAGAAAAUACAAGCUGGCUGCUGAGGACAGUGCCUACUGCAUGGCAGCAGGAUUAUGGACACAGGAGAUAAAGAUGACUGGGGCUUAGUUUUCUUAAUCUCAGUGUAAUCAGGAAGUCGUUUUUUAAGACUUCACAAGCAUCGUUCUCACCAAUGCUUUUUUCCCCCCAAUAAAUAAAUGAACAA